AUGGCGUUACUCCACCGCAUGUCAGGAGAGUGCAUCAAGUCUGAGCUGGACUUAUUUACGGUUCCUCUGACGCAGACAGUUAUUGAGAAAACGGGGAAUGGCGACGAUUAUGUCGACCUAAAUAACACGCUGUUGUAUCUACGUCUUAAAAUCACGAAGCCUAACGGCGAAGAUUUACCAGCUGAUGCCAAGGUUGGCCUGAUAAAUUACCCUGGAGCUACUAUAUUUUCACAAGUCGAUGUGAGCCUGGGUGAUCGUUUGAUAUCUCAGAGUUAUCCUUACCGAUGUAUCACCGAGAGUCUGAUCAACUACAGUAAAGAUGCGCUGGAAUCGCUUUUCUCCGCAGGCUUGUUUUACAAAGACACAGCUGGUCAUAUGGACGCGACUGACCCCGGCGGACGCAAUCAGGGGCUGGCAAAGAGGGCCGCCUACACAGCGGGCAGCAGAGUGGUGGAACUGUUGGCACCCAUUCACAGUGAUAUUUUCUUUCAAGAAAAAUUGAUGCUGAAUAACAUCGACAUUAAACUGAGAAUGAUCAGAGCCAAAGACGAAUUCUGUCUGAUGAGGGACGGCGAUGUGGCGUACAAAUUAAAUAUUAUGUCAGCGAGCCUAUUUGUCAAGAAAGUCUCAGUAUCACCCCCUGUGAGACUGGGUCAUGCCCAAGCCUUGCUAUCGACUACCGCAAAGUAUCCCAUAGAUCGUGUUUGUCUAAAAAACUUCUCCAUACCAGCAGGGUCCCGUGUUUCGAAUCAAGAAAAUUUGUUUUUAGGAACGCUACCAAAAUCUAUCGUCCUGGCUAUGGUCGAUAACGAUGCAUUCACAGGUGCCUACAAUAAAAACCCUUUCGCUUUCAAACAUUACAAUUUGGAGUUCCUAGCAGUCUACGUCGAUGGACAGCAAUUUCCUGCCAAACCGCUACAACCGAAUUUUGAAUCUAGGUCCGCUGUACGAGAAUUUUAUCAACUGGCUAUGGCCUCUGGAAGACAUCUUAAAAACCAAGCACUCUGUUUUGACAGGGAUGACUUUCUGAAUGGAUACACACUUUACGCCUUCAACCUCACACCUGAUGAAGAGUGCGGUCAGCACAUAUCGCUCAUCAAGUCUGGCAACAUCAGACUCGAGGCACGCUUCCGACAACCGCUGCCUCAGACUAUUAAUUUAUUAAUCUACGCAGUGUUCGAUAGUAUCAUUGAACUCUCUAACCGUAGACAGGUGCUGGUCGAUUACUAUUGA